UUUAAUUACAAUCCACUUCUAUGAAUAAAAUCAACCAUUAAGGUGUUAAUUCAUUAGUUUAUGGUGUGCUACUCAACGUAAAAUUGCACAAGAUGAAACGUACUUAAAUUAUUUUAUUGUUAAGUCCAAAUGAGGUUCGAAUGAUCUAAAUGCUUGAUCCCCAAGGCACUUUUAGUACCUAUUUCGAUCUCACUCAGAUCUCAGACAUCUAAUAAAAGGAAUAAUCCAAACUAAAAAUCAUCAACAUUUAAGGAGAAUACAUAAAACUGUAUUUCGAAAAUCCUUUCCAAUUGAUCACAAUCAAAGAGGGAUUGGAUUAUUUGAUUAAGGAAGGCAACAGGAUCUAAAAACAACUUGAUAGUUAUAAUCAAAUCUGGAGCAGUGCUCUCAAAUUGAUCACCAAAGCAGACAUUGACAUGGACAACAAACUCAACUUCAAGGAAUUUCAAUUCCUAAUAGGAGAAUUGCAAAUUGAAAUUCCAGAAAGAAAACUAAUUUAGAUCUUCGAGAAAAAUCAAAAGAAUAAUCAAUUAGACGAAGCAACCUUAUAUAAAUUAUUAAUGGACAUAACACGCAGACAUGAACUAACAGAAUUAUACCAAAAAUACAGUAGUAAACAAGAAGGAAUGUUUGAAGAUCCACUCUAAGCCAUGUUAAUGACAGAUAAAGACUUACAACAGUUUUUCAAAGUCGAACAAGCUUAAAAUGAUUAUUAACCCAAAAGAAAAUAAUACAACUUUUAUGAUUUCCAAAAUCUCAUCUUUAGUGAGGAGAACUCACUAUUUCAACCGACGGCUGUAGAUCUAUCUUAGCCAAUCACCAAAUACUUAAUUAAUUCCUCACAUAAUACUUAUUUGGAAACAAAUUAAUUGACAGGCGAAUCAAGCUGUUUUGCUUAUUAAGAUGCCUUCAAAAUGGGAUUUAAAUGUGUUGAAUUGGAUUGUUGGGAUGGUGAAGAUGGAGAACCCAAGGUUACUCAUGGACAUACCUUGGUUAAUGACAUCAAAUUCAAAGAUGUCAUCUCUACAGUAAGGGACUUUGCCUUCUAUAAGGAUAAUAAUCCUGCCAUUUUAUCACUUGAAAUGCAUUGUUGUUUGAAAUAAUAAAAGAGAAUAGCAGAUCUCUUAUAAAGCAUUCUUGGAGAAAUGCUGUUUGUGGUUAAAGAUUUCAAAUAAGAGAAGUUUUCUACAUUACAAUAAUUGUAACGGAGAGUUCUAGUUAAAUAUAAGGGAGAUGAUCAAUUUUUAUAGGAGAAAUUGCAGACUCAAUCUUCCACAUUAUUCUAUACACAAUCACAUGACGAUAUGUUGAUUACAUUUGAUGACGAUGAUAAUUAGGAUAUCUAAGCUAAUGUUAAACAAUUUAGUCAAACACUUGAUGAACAUCACAAGAAAAUAUGUAGAGAGUUAUUAGAAAUUACUUCAUUAUAUGCAGUAUCACUAAAAUUAGACAAAAAGCCAGAAUUAGUUUGGAUUGUAUCUAGUGUUUCAGAAGAUAAAAUAUAGGAUGUAAUAAAGAAGAGUCAUGGCAAAUUCUAAGAAUAUGUUGAUAAUUAUUUUGUCAGAGUCUAUCCUUUAGGAUUGAGAUUUGAUUCAAGCAAUUAUGAUCCAUUCCCAUCUUGGACUGCAGGAGCUCAGUUGGUUGCUUUGAAUAUUCAGACCAAAGAUUUAUUUAUGUUGUAGAAUUACGGAAUGUUCCUUAACAGUUCCUAUGUUUUGAAAUCUAAUCAAGAUGUACGAAUGAACAUUUAUGUUCGCAUCAUCAGUGCAACUAAUCUGGUUUGGGAGGAAGCGAAACGUAGAUAAGAAGAAAUUGUUGAUCCAUACAUUAAAAUUAGAGUUGCUGGAAAUAAAGAUGACGUCAACAAAUCGGAUAAGUGGAGAACAGAAGUUGUUUAGGAUAACGGAUAUCAUCCAAUCUUUAAUUACUAAUGUGUUAUCCAACUAAAACAUGCUUAACAAGAUGUUAUCUAUGUAUAAGCCUACAGUUAUUCCAUAUUGGGAGAUUCCUUGUUGGGCUAGUAUUGUUUAUCACCACUUAACCUAAGGACAGGCUAUAGAAUAAUUCCUUUAUUAAAUUCUCAGUUUAAAACUUUAGCUAAUUCCUACGUUUUAGUGCAAAUCAAAAUUGAAUAUUGA